GGACAAUUUGUGAAUUGAAAGUAUGGUAGUUGAUAACUGGCAAAUGAAUUGACGAUGGUUCAUUUUGGUGGACUUGAAAAUGAUAUUUUAUAUUUUGAUUAAUUGAUUGCAAAGUGAGAUAAUGUUUAAUAAAUUGUCUGCAAAAGUAGUGAAGAGAUUAGUGGGAAAGUGUGGCAAUGAAUGGACGGGUUGUCGCCAUUCGCACGAGUGGUGUCGAGUGGUGGUGACGGGCGUCGGGAGUGUGUGUCCUCUUGGGAUGGGAUCCGAUAACGUGUGGAAGAGUCUGUGCGAAGGCGAGUGUGGUGUCGUGCGAGUGAUGGGAGAGGGCUAUGAGUCGAUCCCAUGCAAGAUAGCAGCCUAUGUGCCCACCGAUGCCUCACAACUCACGCAAUGGUUUACAGCCAAUGAACUGAGAACUCUAUCCAAGUCUACCAUUUAUGCCUUAAUCGCUGCCGAAGAGGCCUUAAGUGACGCCCACUGGAAACCCACCACCGAUAAGGACAGAAGGGAUACCGGGGUUGCCGUCGGGAUGGGAAUGAUUGACAUGAAUGAAGUGGUUAGCAAUGGUAUGGCUCUCCAGACAAAAGGUUUCAGUAGAGUUAGUCCACACUUUGUGACCAAACUGUUGGUGAAUAUGCCUUCGGGACACAUAAGCAUCAAAUACGGUCUGACGGGACCUAACCAUUCAGUGUCGACCGCCUGUACGACUGGUGUCCACUCGAUUGGCGAUGCCUUCAAUUUCAUACAACGCGGCGCCGCGCAAGUGAUGGUCUGCGGGGGAACCGAAGCCGUGAUAAGUCCGCUAUCAGUGGCCGCUUUCGCCAGAAUCCGGGCGUUGUGUACGAAAUACAACGACAGGCCAUCGGAAGCGUCGCGUCCUUUCGAUGCUCUUCGGUGUGGUUUUGUGAUGGGAGAGGGAUGUGGUCUCGUUGUACUCGAACGCCUCGAUCACGCCAUCAACAGAAACGCCAACAUUUAUGCAGAAAUUAUUGGUUACGGACUCUCAGGAGACGCGAAUCACAUGACAGCGCCGGGAGAGGACGGGAAGGGAGCGAUUGAAUGUAUGCGAGCGUCUAUAGCCGACGCCGGCAUACGAGCUGAAGACAUAACACAUAUCAAUAGUCACGCGACGUCUACGCCAUUGGGCGACAAAAUUGAAUUGAAAGCAAUUAAGGAGUUAUUUGGCGAACACUCCAAGAAUAUAAUGAUCACAAGCACUAAGGGCUCGACCGGCCAUUUGUUAGGCGCUGCCGGAAGUAUUGAAGCUAUAUUUACAAUCCUAUCGUGUUAUCACUCAUUAGUUCCGCCGACAAUUAAUUUACAACAACCUAUUGAUCAGGAAUUAAAUAUUGUAACAAAAGCACAAAAAUGGCAAACAGAGAGACGCGUUGCCAUCACUAACUCCUUUGGUUUCGGCGGUACUAAUGCUUCGCUCGUUAUUUCAAAUUUUAUCCUUUGAUCGGCCCUUCUUCUGGAACCACUCGUUGCUCUUGUCUUCAGAUAAAGCCUUGCGAUACAAAUGAUUGUUAUAUUUUACAAUUGUGUUCAAUAUGUGAUUAAAUAAACCAAUUAUGUAGAGAUUUAAAUAUAAAACAUA